AUGGGCAGGACUCAGAAGCAACCCGACCCCCUACGCGCAAAAUCCUCGCGCGUUGAGAAGCCCCGUCCCGCGAAGAAAGAUACCCGCGAUCUCCCAUCGUGGUACUUUCGAGUCCUCGCAUUCAGCUACAAGGGAGACAAAGACGUGCUCCCCCGGGACUUUGACGAGGACAUCUCUGAGCUGGAGGAAGAAGAUGACGAUUCCAAACAGGGCGAGGAGAAGGAGAAAUUGGAGAAUGAUUGCGAAUGCGGUGGGGACGAUCCUGAGUGUGACUGCCAAUUUUUAAGCGACAGUGACGUGGACGAGGAUGGGGAGUCAGAGAGGUCAUACAACGGCUCGGACGCCGACUACUACUACGAGCUGAAAGAAGAACGAGAGGAGAGGAAGCGAGAGUUGUUGCGAGAGCAGAAGGAGAGAAAGGAACAGCGAGACAUGGAAAAGGCCAAGGAAGCGGAGGUUCGCGCCGUGUUCAAAUCUGUGAAACGGGCCAAGAAGAAAGCUGAGAGACCUCUUGUCGACUCACUUGCGGGUCAAGUGUUCUGGCUUUUCUGCGCCGACUACGUCGACCAUUUCUACUCCGAUCUCCAUCCGACCAAGCGGGUUGAGUUUCGCCUCCCUGACGACGACGACAAGCCUUUCCCAGAGGAUCCGGAGCUGGGCACCGGGAGCGGCAUGGUGAUUGGCCAGGUAUACCUCAACACGUAUGCGUGUUUUGAUUUUGGGCCAUUUUGUGCUCCGAAACGCGCGAGCCGGAAAGCUGUCAAGGUGAAGUGCCACGACGGGGCAGACGGGGCAGCCGAACUGUCAUUGAAAUUCCUCGGCAACGGGUACUUGAAGCUGAGGGUUCCCCGUGACUUGGUGUUUCUGGGCCAUCACUAUGCAAACCCUAUAACCCCCCCGCCGAAGACCCCGGACGUGUUUAAAUUCGUCGGCAUCUGGGACGAUCCGGAGGAGGUGGUGGAACGAGCGGCAACGCUAUCGGACAGGCCAUCGCCCCAUGAAACCUGGUUUGAGAUGAACCAUCCAAUGGGGUCUUGGAAGCAGUCGUGGCUCCAAUAG